GCUCGCUCAGUCCGAGCGCAGAGCCCGAACGCGAAACGCACUCGCGGCGCGUGUCUCCCGCUGCAGCUCUCUUCCUCUGUAUUCAAAGGACAGCCGAAAGUCGAGUCGAGCAACAAUUAAGAAUUCGCGCGUCGAUCUUCGCACAUUCGCGCGCGCUUCCUACGUGACCACGCGCGCGCACGCGCACUUGGCCGCGAGCCAGCAGCAGCAGAUAACAACCCCCGCUGACGAGACGAGCACGCGCGCGAGAGAAAGAGAGAGCGGUAUAAAAAAGAGUUGCAGCGCCGCGCCGGCUUGCAGUGGCCGGCGAUCGAGUGCACGGACUACUCGAUCAUCACAGUGACCGAGGACUGAAAGGAAAUUCGACGGAUCCGACGAGCCGAAAUUAUAUACAUUCGUACGAGUAGACCAGUGGAUGUAGACAUCGCUCGAGAGAAGAAACUCAGCAGCAGUAGCCUGGGAAUCGUCUGGCCUGCGGAGUGUCUAUGUGUGCAUUAUACUAGAGGCGGAGGUCGGUUUCUCGCGGCGCGAUUCCGAUCAAGCCAGCCGAGAUUCAUGUGCCUGACAACGGCCGGCGGAGCCGCGAGAGGAGGUUGCCGCCGCCGCAGCAGCUGCAGCACGAUUCGGCAACAUCUGCCACAGCCACGGCCGGCUCUUGCGCGGCAAGAGUAAGCAGCUCACGAGAGUCAGCCACGUGCGCAACCCCCGCACUUCUAUUGCCUAUAUUGGCAGUGUGUGUUUCUCUCCGAAUACCCCCCGGCAGCAGCAGACGACGUUCCCCUAAGACAAUAUGGAACUACGAGUGCUGAGGAGCUGCCUCCUCACACUGCUGGUGCUCGUCCACUGCGCCUCGACACAGUCUCUCGACGCGGGAGGACAGCAGUCGUCUAGUCAUCAGCAGAGGAUACGUCUACCGCGGCGUCUGUUCGGUAGCCGAAGCGAUGAGCUCGGCGGCACCGCCACGGAGCCCGCGAAGAAGCACAUGCUGAUCGGCGGCCACCUGCGAACGCAGACCGACAGCGAGAGCACCGCGAGCGACCCGACCUUCGACGACGGCCUGCUGCUCUCGUCCGCGGGCAACGGCAACGAGAGGAAGAGCUCGACCAAGUCCACGAGUAGCAGCAGCAGCAGCAGCAGCAGCAGCAGCGACGACGACGACAAGAAGACGCUGUCGCAGCAGGUCAAGGAGGGCAAGUACGGCCUGAUCCAGAACGAGAUCUACCCGGAGAAGCCCAAGCGGCCGGGCAUCAUCAGCUACUCGGCGAACCCCGAGGUGCCCCGCGACACCGCCAGCAACCUCGGCGGCCUCGACGAGGAGGAGAUCUGGCUGGCCGAGAACCACGUGCUCGUCCUCAAGGGAGGCAACUUUCCUGGCUCGGACUCGCCCAUCACCGAGCAGCAGCAGCAGCAGCUCGACAACAGCUGGCCGCCGAUCGACGACUACAAGGCGCCGCGCCGCCAGGUCAAGAUCCCGCCGCGGCCCAAGGUCCCGCCGCCCUUCCCCGUCCAGCUGAUCGAGGGCGGGCCCAUCCAGCUGAUCGGCACCAACAGCACCAGCCUCGUGGAGAACGGCACCAUCGACUUUGAGGCCCUGCCCGGCGGCUUCAAGGGCUUCCUACCCGGCGAGGGGCCCUACUUCCCCCUGCUCGGCGCUCCCGGAUCCACCGGUAACGCGAGCGGCGGCCCGCCCGAGAAGAAGACCAAGGCCGAGCCGGGACCCCCGGGCCCGUUCUACCCGGCGCUGCCGCCCGGCGCCGUCAUAGUCCCGCCACCCAGCAACCAGACCGACUACGACGACGAGGACCAGUCCAUCUACUACCCGCCGCCCUACAGCUUCGUCUACCCGCAGGACAACUCGACGGCCAUCCCGCCUGGGCCCCUAGUGCCCGGCAUCAUCCUGCCCCCGCCCCCGGACUUCUUCUCCGCGCUCGACGACAAGAGGCCCGCGACCAAAGACAAGCCGCUCUACCCCAAGCGGCCGAGCACCACCCCCCUACCCGCCAGGCCGUCCUACCUGCCACCGCCCAGGAAGUACAGCACCAAGCACUACAAGACGCCCUCCGUCACCAACUCGACCCCCGUCGGCUCCAAGACCGUCUCCGACAACCCCAAGCCGUUCAGCCGGUCCAAGCUCAGCAAGAACACGACGACGUACCGCGCGGAGAAGACGACGCCGCGCGUCUACCAGGCCUUCGUCGAGGUGACCACCCCCGCGCUGGUCAAGACCACGACCCUCGAGAGCCCGCCCCAGGACAAGUACCGGCACUUCAAGCCCAUCCUCGCGAACCAGGUGCAGAUCGAGACGAGCACGGAGAAGCCCUGGCGCCAGGUAGUCAGCAGCCGACCCGUGCCGCUGCUCACCUUCUACGCCAGCACGACGCCGAGCUCGGUCGACGAGCCCGUCGAGACCACCCCCGCGAGCAUCCAGAGCGUCCUGACCACCGAGAACCCCGCCGCGCGCUACCCCAGCCAGGCGUCCUACUACUUCUACGGCGAGGCUAACGCCGCCGGCAGCGGCAACGAGGAGAGCCCCAGCUCGACCGCCGACCCCGUGGUCUUCUUCAGCACGACCGCCGAGACGCCGCCCUACUACAAGCUCGAGCAGGAGGAGGAGAAGAAGGACUACUACGACGUGGAGAUGAUCCCCUCGCAGCAGACGUCCAAGGACUACAGCGUCAAGCUGCUCGACUCGAUCGUGAAGAGCCCGCAGAUCUUCCGCUACCUGGACUCGGGCGCGACCAGUAGCCACGACAAGUACGAGACGCAGCCGGCCAGGAGCCAGAGCCCCAGGAUGCUGCACUCGGAGCCGCUGUACUACCAGCCCGCGCCCAGCCGGUCCCCGCCCAAGCUCAGCUACUUCAGCACCACGGCCCGGCCCAAGAGCUACUACCGCCAGCCCGAGACCCAGUACCGCAAGCCCACCUCCAAGCCCAUCUACCAGUACAGCUUCGAGGCGACCAACUACUCGAAGCGCGGCGGCCACGCGCUCCCCGCCAAGCCGGAGAUCGUCGAGGAGCCGCGACCGCUGCCACCGCAGCAGCAGCAGCAGCAGCAGUCUCGUCGGCAGAAGGAGCUGCCGCUCUACCAGGAGUACCAGGACAUCCAGACGGUGAGCGACCAGUACGACUACGAGGGCAGCGAGGCCAUGGCCGACCAGAGGCUGCAGACCGAGAAGGUGCCCUACCUCGGCGUCAAGUACAAAGAGAGGUCCUACUACCAACCGCGCCAGCACCAGUCGACGACCGCCUCGCCCAUCCGCGACACCACCCUGGCCGCGCACCAGCAGUACUUCACCAAGCAGGACGAGCAGCUGCUCGACGACGUGACCAAGGAGUACUUCACCAUGUUUGGCAAGAAGCUGUCCUCGGGCAAGCUGCCCAGUACGACGCCCAUCUACGGCAAGUCCAGCGUCACCGAGAGACCGCAGUACAGCAGCGUGAACAGCUACAACGUGCAGCCCGACUAUGGCGGCUCGCGCCAGUUCCGCCCGCCGAACAUCAAGGUGCACUACGGCGACCAGACGCCCGGGCCCUACUCGCUCAAGAACGACGGGCUCGUCAACUACAAGAACCCGCUGCCGCCCAUCAACCCCGACAGCGAGUUCAUACCCGUGGUCCAUCCCAGCCCGCGGCCGCCCGCCCUUAACUACCGGCCGCGACCCGUUCUCCAGGUGGCGAGUCAGCUGCGAGACUACUCGCUGCAGCCGCUGGUGAGCAACACUCGCCAGCGCUUCGACCAGCUGCGCGGCUACAACACCCAGAGAACGGAUCAGCAGCAUCAGCAGCAGCAGCAGCAUCAGCAGCAGCAGCAGCUGCCGCAGAGGGACGGCUUCGUGCCCGUCAGUGACCCGAGGGAGGCGAUCCGCGGGUACGCACCGCAGAGGCCGAUCUCCCUUGAGGGCGACGUCGCGGUCAACUACAAGAACCCCAGACCGCCGAUCAAUCCGGACGCCGAGUUCAUUCCCACCAGAGGCGACGGCAACGCGGACAAGGCCAACUCGUACUUCGCCUACAGGCUGCCCGGCGACGGGGGACACUUCUACUUCCUCACGCCGCAGGCGAUCAGCCGCGAAGACUCGAACGGAGGCUACCUCUAUUCGAGGCCGAGGGGCUCGAGACUGCUGAGAAGACGACGCGGCCGAGAGAGCGAUUGAAACGGCUGCUGCCGAGAAGUUUCCGGGACUCAUCGCGCCCGGGUCUGCGAAUCUCGAUGAGCCAAAUUUAAGCUCGACUGCUGAGUUUUGAAUUCGUGUCUCUCAUUUUCCUGGAAAGUAUUUCAAAAGAUCAGUUGCGAAGAAUACUGUCCCGCUGCGACAUCGAGAUUCGACAGACCCGGGAUGCGGCAGGUGUGCUUGAUGAUACGAGUAAGAAUCUAAGUGUGGUAAGCUAGGCUUAUAGCGAGGCAGGUGUCCGAUGCCAUAUAGAAGAUUUCAAAGUUCGGAAGAAAUGGGUGUCGCAUGUAUCGUCGUCGACCGCUUGCAAGAUAGCGCGACGAUGACUUACUUAGAAUAUUUAUUGCUUGUAAAUACAGUUGACUAAGUUAAUUAUUGAUAAUAUGUAUUUAAAUGUACGCGUAACUCGAUGCGUUUAACGACUCAUACUUAUACCGUAGAACUGACUUUCGUUUACUUGCGCCUUGUCUGUGAUUAAUGAUUGAAGUGUAAAUACGUAUCGGUAGCGAAUCACAUUUUGAGAUUUCAGGUCUUCGAAGAAGACGGCCGGUGAAUGUGCUCCAUGGUGCGUUACUUUGCGCUCAGAAAUAUGCCGUUAGCGUGAGAUUCAUAUACAACGUAAUCUUACUACAAGUAACAUAGCGUCUUGCAUGAAUCACAAAGAAUGAACAAUUUUUUAAAUCAUUAUUAUUGUAAUGAACGUCGGAUCGAUGCAAUCGAUCCCGUCAGCUAUUCGACAAUUUCGAUCUAGGUUGCGCUAAGUUAUACAAAAUAUAGUUAAUAAUCGACAAAUAAACUAAAAAGGAAAAUACCCUACUACCCGUAUUCCUACUCUAAACGUAACUGAAUGUCAAAUAUCAAUACAAUAAAUCUUCAUCUUUAUACCUCAAUUUUAGAAAAAUAUAAAGUAGAAUAAUUAUAAUAAUAAAUAAUAAAAUGAACGAUAAAAAACAAAA